AAACAUUUUAGCUUGUUUCUUUUUUCAUCAAAGCUUAGAUUAGAUAGAUGCAUGAAAAAGUGAUGUGCCAAGUAGACAAGUAAAAGCAACACGAACUCCACAUAGUAAGAUUAAAGAGCUAAGCCACAAAGCAAUAUAUGACUUUUUAAUGUAUGAUAUCACUUAUCAGUGAGCCCUUUUGAUCAACCAUCCACAUGAUAUCUAUUUUAUUAAAUUAUAUUAAGUUUUAGUGGAUAGCAAAAUUGUUGAAUGAACAACUCUACAUGAUAAAAGUGAACUAGUUUUGAAAAGAAUGUCAGCCACUCUACCAGAUAGUCAAAUCUUAUACACCAAAUCUAAACAAUAUGAUUGAAUGGAUUUAAACCUCAAUUAGAUCUGAUGUUGUCCAAAACAAUUUUUUCAUCGCCCCACAUAUAAAACCAAGAGAUUUAUGCAGAUCAAACAAUUCAACUCACAUUAUAUUUCUAUGACUACAUCUAAGAUUUACUUGGUCCAAAAAUAGUCGGUUCUUUACUUCUCUCUUUAAAUUUUGCUUUUUCUAACUUGUUCGAUUAAGAACAAAAUAUUAAUUAAAGGAAAUUGACAAAUAUUUUGUAUUUACUUAACAAAAAUUUGUAUAUCCUUUUCCUUUUUGUGAUUUAAGGCAAUGACAUGAAAACAGGAAAAAAGAGAGAGAUAUAGAGGGUCCAGAUUAAAAGCAAGGUCCGUAGAUCAACGGCGGAGGAAAUUCAAGGGGUUAUUAUAAAUAGAAAACAAAUCCAUCUUCCUAACUCAGUAUAUAAGUAAAACAAAAAGGCCGACGGCUCACAACCCUAAUCCGAGCCAACCUCUUCCUCCAAGUCCAAAGCCCAUUACACGCCGUUUGAUUCUUCCCGCCGUUGCUCUUCUCUCUGCGUCUGUGACUAUGGACCCCAACCCUUAUUCCGAGCUCGUUGACAACAAAGUUAAUGUCGAGAUUGAAUCUUCCGACACGCAACCAAUCAAGCGGAGGAGGAAGAGGAAGUCUAUGGUGUGGGAUCACUUCACCACCGAGACAACCACCUCCGGAACCACCAAAGCCUUUUGCAAACACUGCAACAAGUCCUACGCAUACAUGUCUGGCGGCAAAGCUUCGGGGACAAGCCACCUCAAGCGUCACAUCGAGUUAGGUAUUUGUGAUAAGUGCCCGAACACAAACCUGGUCCCUCAAGUCAACGAUGGAACCGCUUCUUGUCCUCCUCCCAAGAAGCGUCAGAAGAGAUGUGCUAAUGCCCCUCUGGAUCAAGAUGGAUGCAACCGUGAGAUGGCUAAGAUGAUCAUCAUGCAUGGCUACCCUCUUCACAUGGUGGAGCAUCCUGGUUUCACUUCUUUCGUUAAGACUGUUCGUCCUCAGUUUGGAAUGCCAAGGUUUGAUACUGUCCAUGGGGAUUGUGUUAACAUGUUCUUGUCUGAAAAGCAGAAACUUUCGGAGUUCGUUGGAGAGACUCCUGGGGGGGUUAGCCUCAGUGUUGACUUGUGGUUAUCAAAGCAAUCAGUGGGUUACGCCUUUGUGAGUGGACACUUUGUUGAUAAAGACUGGAGCUUGAGUAACCGUCUUCUCAAUGUUGUUGUUGUGGCUUGUCCUGAUUCGGAUUCCGCGUUGAACCAAUCUAUCACUGCUUGCUUAUCUGAAUGGAAGCUAGAGGGGAAAGUUUCAAGUCUCACUGUCAGCCAAUCACAAGUGAAUAAAACCUGCGUUGAUAAUCUUAGAGGUUUCUUGACUUUUAAGAACCAGCAUGUGUUGAACGGUCAGUUAUUAAUAGGGGAAUGCUACCCUCGUCUCCUAACCAGUAUGGCGCAAGAAGCACUUGCGGCUGAGGAGGUUCGAGGACCAGUAAAGAAAGUCAGAGACAGUGUAAAGUAUGUUAAGACAAACGACGCUUGUGGAGAGAAGUUUGAGGAGGUGAAGAGACUGUUUCCAGCUUCUGCUCCGUACAAAGAUCUUGUAAUUGACAACAAAGGGAGAUGGGACACGAGUUACAAGAUGUUGUUGGCUGGUUUAGAGCAUAGACAAGUGUUUUCUUGUUUGGAGACUUGUUAUCCUGGUUACAAGAUAUCGAUAUCUAAUGAAGAGUGGAGGAAGAUUGAGAGUCUCUGCUUGUGCUUGAAGGUUCUUUUCGAAACGAGUGAUGUCUUGACUAGGCCAAAACACUCGACAGCAAAUAAUUUUUUCGAUGUGAUGACUAAGCUUCAGCUAGAGCUUAGCCACCUGGCCAUGGGUGGUGAAGACCUUGGAAACGUUGUGAGCUCGUUGAGGGAGAGAUUCGACUUGUACUGGAGAGGAUGCUUCCUUGUUGUGGCGGUUGCUGCGGUCUUAGAUCCUCGGUGUAAGAUGCAACACGUAAAGGAGACAUUCACUGAGUCAUAUGGUGAAGAUGCAGAACAAUGGAUCAAGACUGUUAGUGAUGCAGUCCAUGAUCUGUACACAAACUACAGUGAUACCAAUCUGCUUGAUUCCUAUGUAGUAGAUCAUGGCUUUGACGAAACAGAAGUGGUUCAAGAACCUCACUUCCAACAAGACAUGCCUCAAGAUGCUGAUAAAGAUGAGAUAAGUCCACAAUCAGAGCAAACCACAGAGUCACAUCAACAAGAGACGCAGCCUAAGGUAGAGAAGCAGCAGAAUGUGAGUGAAGAGUAUCAAGACCACACGUCAUUUAUGGAUGACGUGCUGCUCGAGGAAGGGUCUACUCUUGUUACAGUUGGAGACUCGUUUUCGGACUUUGACAUUGAAAUAUCAGAGAUGAAACCGGAGCUGGAUCAGUACUUAGAUGACAACUUGGUUUUGAAGUCGGAAGACUUUGAUGUACUAAGCUGGUGGAGACUCAACAGCAACAACUACCCCACACUGUCUAAGAUGGCUGCUGAUUUUCUCUCCAUCCCCUUCAGUACUGUCUCAUCUGAGUCUGUAUUCGACACGGAAGUGAAGCAGAUGGACAGUUAUAGGACCUCUCUUCCUCGUGGAACAUUGGAGGCUCUCUUGUGCACCAAAGACUGGCUCAAGAACCAAACAUUAUGAAUUUUACUCCGUUUUUUUUUUAUUUUUGGAUUCGCUUUUUUUAGUUUUGAAAUUAGUUUUUUCAUAUCUGAGUUGCUUUAUAACUAUUAACUAUUUGUCUUUUGAUUGCAUAGAUGACUUUGAUUGUUAUUCAUCUCAUGAAUGACUAUAAGCUUCCAUGUC